UUACCCUAUUUUUCUCUCUCUUCAAUUCUCUCUCAUUCAAUGCUUUACCGAACUCACCACCACCCUUUUCUCUACACACUCAACCCUUUUCCCCCUUCCUCUUUAUCCCCUGUUCUCCUCUACCCUUCUUCGCCUCGUCUCCAGGAAAUGGAGUGCGCUUUCAUAGACGCCUUUGCACCAGAGAUGCUCAAAACCGCCGCCUUCGCCGACGAAGACUUGUUCGUCGACGAACUCCUCGACUUCUCUAACGAAUUUGAAGAAGUGAAGGAGGAGCAGCAGCAACUGGAAGAACCGGAGGAGAAGGAACAGGACCAGAGCAAGACUGCCUCCUCUGUUUUGGAAGAGAAGCUGACGCCGGCGCCGGCGCCGGAAAAUAGCCCCGUUUCGACCAAUGGCGAUUUUGGGUCUCUCCCGGAGAGUGAAUUGAGCCUUCCAGUGGAGGGGUUGGAGAGCUUGGAAUGGCUGUCUCAUUUUGUGGAGGACUCAUUUUCCGACUACUCACUCACCGGAAAACUGCCGCCGAAGCCGGCGGAGAAAGAGGCCGCCGCCGGCGAACAGCUCUGUUUCAGCACUCCAGUACAAACCAAGGCCCGAACCAAGAGGGCCCGAACUGGGGUUCGCAUUUGGCCCGUUUUGUCGCCUUCAUUCACCGAGUCCUCGACCUCCUCCUCGUCCUCGUCCUCCUCGACGACGUCGUUUUCGCCUCCGAACCACCCGUGGGUGGUCCAGAGCCAGACCGGCGAGUCCUUUUUAGGCAAACUAGCCGUUAAGAAGCAGAGGAAGAAACCGGCCGACGGCGGCGUCGCCGCCGCCGCCCAGCCGAGGAGGUGCAGCCAUUGCGGCGUUACCAAGACGCCGCAGUGGCGGGCCGGCCCGCUCGGGUCGAAGACUCUUUGCAAUGCUUGUGGGGUGAGGUACAAGUCGGGCCGGCUCCUGCCCGAGUACCGGCCCGCUUGCAGCCCGACGUUCUCGGUCGAGAUGCACUCGAACAACCACCGGAAAGUUCUCGAGAUGCGGCGCAAAAAGGAGUCGGAGACCGAGCCCGCGGGCCCAGUUCAGCCGGCUCCCAAUUUUUGAAGAUAGGAAAGGAAAAAAAAAAUCAGUUUUAAGGAUUAAGGUAGGAUUUCAAGACCCGGUUCGGGUUAACUAGUCCCGGUUUGAUUAGUGUAUAUUCUUUUUAUGGACCCAUGGUUUGGUGAGGUAGGUUACAUGGCAAUGUAACUGAUUAGGAGAGACUUUAAAGUUUUAUGUUUUAAUGUAAUUCCAAUCAAGGCCUUAAUUGCGUUA